AUGGUUGCCGGAAAAAUGAAAACCGGCGAUGGAGAAAGAAAGGUUGGUGGACUCAAGACUAUGCCGUUUAUCUUAGCAAAUGAGGUGUGCGAUCGGUUCGCAACUGCUGGUCUUAUGUCAAAUAUGAUCAGUUAUUUGACACAACAGUUGCAUAUGCCGCUGGUGAAGGCUUCAAACACCCUGACCAAUUUCGCAGGCACCGCAAGCCUCACACCUCUGAUCGGUGCCCUCAUCUCGGACUCCUUCGCCGGUGGAUUUUGGACUAUAACUGUGGCUUCAGUCAUCUAUCAGAUGGGAAUGAUAAUUUUGACCCUCUCCGCUGUCCUACCGGGGCUCCACCCCCCACCUUGCCCGAUGGGUGGCGCUCAACAGCAGGAAACUUGCCCGGAGGCCUCGACAAAGCAACUAUGGAUCCUAUAUCUUUCCCUCCUCUUAACCUCUCUGGGCUCGGGAGGCAUCAGACCAUGCGUCGUGCCCUUUGGAGCAAAUCAAUUUGAUGUAGCAGUCGGCCAUAAAGCUGCUCGAAAUCGCAGCUUCUUCAAUUGGUUCUACUUUUGCAUGGGUUGUGCUAGUUUAGCAGCAUUAACAAUAGCGGUUUACAUUCAGGAGAAUGUGGGGUGGGGAUGGGGAUUUGGGGUGCCCACUAUUGCCAUGGCUAUCUCAGUGGUGGUUUUCGUUCUAGGGUAUCGACUUUACAGGCAUUUUGAGCCGGCAGGAAGUCCACUGACCAGGUUGGCCCAGGUGAUCGUCGCAGCCCAAAGGAAGAGAAAGAUGGAUAGGCCGGAGGAUGCUGCCGAUCUUUACGAGAACAAAGAGCUUGAUGCUUCCAUUUCCACCACUGGGAAGCUCCUCCAUACCAACCACCUCAAGUUCUUUGACAAGGCUGCCGUGAUCACCGAGAGUGACAAGCCGGUAUCUGACCCACCAAAUCUCUGGCGUCUCUGCACAGUCCACCGGGUCGAGGAGCUCAAGUCCGUGAUCCGAAUUCUCCCAAUCUGGGCUGCCGGAAUCCUACUAACAACCGCAUCUUCCCACCAGAACUCCUUUUCUAUACAGCAAGCACGAUCCAUGGACCGCCGCUUGUCGCCCUCCUCCUUUAAAAUCCCCCCCGCAUCCAUGUCCAUCUUCAGCAACCUCGCCAUGCUCCUGACCCUCGUCGUCUAUGACCGCCUCCUCACACCCGUCCUCAGGAAGCACAACAUCACUUACAUGCACCGCAUGGGUGUCGGGCUACUCAUCUCCAUUGGUUCCACUGCUGCUGCCGCCAUUGUUGAGGUGCAACGCAGGGCCGUGGCCGCGAGACACGGGCUCCUGGACAGCCCUCAUGCUACAGUUCCCAUCAGCGUCUUCUGGCUGGUCCCACAGCAUGCUCUGCACGGCAUGGCGGAAGCCUUCGUGGUAGUGGGGCACUUGGAAUUCAUGUACGACCAGGCGCCAGAGAGCAUGCGAAGUAUCAUGACAGCAUUAUUCUGGACUGCAAUAGCGGCCGGGAACUACCUCAGCACGUUUUUGGUCUCCAUGGUUCACAAAUUUUCCGGCGACAGGAACUGGAUACCUGACCGGAAUCUCAACCGGGGGAGACUAGACUGCUACUAUUGGCUAGUCACAGGGAUCCAGGUACUGAAUCUUGGGUACUAUGUGGUGUGUGCAAGAUACUAUACAUUUAAGCCUAUAGAAAUAAAAUUAAAAUUUCUGAAAACUUGUGAAAACAAUGGUCUUUCUCUUAAAAGUUUUAGACAACUGGCUUUGUUUUAUGGAAAAAGUCUAUAUAAGGCUAAAACCUUAAAAUGA